UCUUGAUUAAAGAGACCGGAGGCGGCCGGGCCCGGGGCUCAGACAAACAGCGGCGGGGACAACAUUCUUUUCCAAAAACAAAAGCACACACACACACAAAAAUUCUAAAGAAAAUAUACAUAUAUAAAUUACAAACAAGAACAUAAUAUAUUAAAAAUCCAUCAUUGAAAUCCAAGCAUAUAAUUAAACAAAAUUAAGGAAAAAAUGGCCGAGACAACCGCUACCUCUCCUAAAGUCUCUCCAUUAGAAUCAGAACUCUACUUCCUAAUCGCUCGCUUUCUCUCGGCCGGUCCGUGCCAAAAGUCCGCGGAGAUACUUGUGAACGAGCUUGAGGAGAAAGAGCUGCUCCCGAAGCGUCUAGACUGGGAAGGCAAUGAACAUCACAGAAGCUAUGAAAACUUUGUUUCAUCAAAUCAGCAUGUGCCCCCUGAUUAUCUCUUACGGAUAUGCCAGCGAAUUGGCAUGUUGCUGGAUAAGGAGCUUCCUUCAAGUGUAUCUGGAGUACAGUCCCUACUUGGUGCAGGCAGACAGUCCCUACUUCGAACUGCAAAAGAUUGUAAACAGGUAGUAUGGAGAGGCUCUGCUUUUGCGGCCCUUCAUAGAGGAAGGCCACCAGAAAUGCCCAUAACCUAUGGGAGUUCACCUAGUGUUGUAGAGAUUGUCCGUGGCAGACAAUUGACAGGAAGUGGACAUUUUGGCUCGAUUUUUCCAACCUGUGCAUAUCAGCACAUAAAGAUGCACCGCAGAAUUCUUGGACAUCUGUCGUCAGUUUAUUGUGUUGCUUUUGAUCGCACAGGGCACAGGAUAUUUACUGGCUCUGAUGACUGUCUGGUAAAAAUUUGGGCCACACAUACUGGUCGAUUACUGUCCACCCUACGUGGCCACUCCACUGAGAUUUCUGACAUGGCUGUAAAUUAUGAGAACACUAUGCUAGCUGCUGGCAGCUGUGAUAAACUGAUUCGGGUUUGGUGCUUGAGAACAUGUGCUCCAGUAGCUGUGCUGCAAGGGCACACAGGAUCCAUUACUUCUCUGCAGUUUAGUCCUAUGGGUAAAGGUUCAGUCCGGUACAUGGCUUCCACAGGAUCUGAUGGGAGUGUUUGUUUUUGGCAAUGGGAUCCAAAUACCCUGAAGUUUAAGAAUCAGCCAUUGAAGUUUACGGAGCGCUCAAGACCAUGUUCUCCAAUGAUUUGUUCCUCAUUCAGCGUUGGUGGCAUGUUUCUAGCAGCUGGCAGCAGUGAUCAUAUGAUCAGAAUAUAUUACAUUGGAUCUGGAACCCCUGAGAAGAUUUCUGAAUUAGAAUCGCAUCUGGACAAAGUAGACAGUAUUCAGUUCUCCAACAAUGGUGACAGAUUGGUCAGUGGUAGCAGAGAUGGAACAGCACGGAUCUGGCAAUAUCAGUAUCAGGAGUGGAAAAGUAUCUUGCUGGACAUGGGUGCUCAGUUGCCAGGAAUCAGCUCCUGUCCAGGGGAUGAUAAGGUCACAAAACUUAAAGUGACAAUGGUUGCAUGGGAUCGUCAUGAUGACAAUGUUAUCACUGCAGUGAAUAACCAUACACUAAAGGUGUGGAAUUCAUAUACUGGACAGUUGCUGCACAUCUUAAUGGGUCAUGAAGAUGAGGUGUUUGUUUUGGAGCCACAUCCAUUUGACUCCAGAAUUAUUUUGUCUGCUGGCCAUGAUGGCAAUAUCUUCAUUUGGGACAUCACUAAAGGCAUAAAAUCUCACAAUUACUUUAACAUGAUUGAAGGCCAAGGUCAUGGUGCUGUAUUUGACUGCAAAUUUUCACCAGAUGGCCAACACUUUGCUUGCACAGAUUCACAUGGACAUCUGCUUAUAUUUGGAUUUGGAUGCAGUAAACUGUAUGAAAAGAUUCCGGAACAAAUGUUUUUCCAUACUGACUAUCGUCCCUUAAUUCGUGAUGGGAACAAUUUUGUCUUGGAUGAGCAAACUCAACAGGCUCCCCAUCUCAUGCCCCCACCUUUCCUAGUGGAUGUGGACGGAAAUCCUCAUCGAACGGAAUACCAACGAUUGGUGCCGGGUCGUGAGAAAUGUCUGGAUGAGCAGCUCAUACCACAACUUGGAUAUGUGGCAACAAGUGAUGGUAAUGUUGUGGAACAAGUAAUUGGGCAGCAAACAAGUGAUCAAGAUGAACAAAACAUGGAAGUGAGUGUGCUGGAUGGCAUAAUCCGAAAUUUACAACAGGAACAAGACCAACGUUUAGGAACUGAGCAACGUGGGGCAAAUAAUCCUCCCCAUAGGAUCAAUACACCUUCAAGAGUUUUAAGGAUCCCCAGCUCCGAUAUUUUGUCACCACCAAAUGUAGGACUGCGCCGUAGUGGACAGAUUGAAGGUGUUCGUCAGAUGCAUCACAAUGCUCCCCGUAGCCAAAUAGCCACAGAGGGUGACAUCAUGGCCUGGAAACGAAGAGUAGUAGUACCUGAAAUACAACAUUGUGUGAACAGGAUGCAGGAAGAUUUUAGGAUUGCGAAAAGUGAAGAGGAAAUUGCCUUAUAUACAAGGGAGAAGAAAAGACGACCAGUGCACUCUGCACAAAGGAAUGACUCCUUUGACCUGUCUGAACACACCAAAAGGAAAAUGAGGGCGCAGCGUCGUGAGCAACACAAAUACAGAACACGUGCUGCUGUGGAGGAACUAGCUCAGUUUUUUCAUGAAGAAGCAGAGGAAGUUAGUUCUGAAGAGGAAACUAAUUCAGCAGAGGGCAGUGGCGGCUCUUCAGAGGAAUGGCAGAGUGAAACUAACAGCUCAAGUGAUUCUUCAAGUGAAUAUUCAGAUUGGACAGCAAAUGCAGGAAUUAAUCUUCAGCCACCCAAAAGACCAACCAGACGGCGAGUUCCACUCAUUAUGAGCAGCUCAGAAGAUGAACAAGAUGAUAAAGUUAAAGCAUCAUGGAAUCAAAAGUUGAAGAAACCUAAAGGAAGACCACGGAAGAGACCAAAUCCUGUGCCAACUGGAGAAGGUACAAUUUCAGAGGAAUGGCAUCCCCCAAAGUGGAUCACAGAUACUGUACCACGCAGGUCACCGUAUGUUCCACAGAUGGGUGAUGAGGUUGUCUACUUUAGGCAAGGCCAUGAAGCCUAUGUAGAAGCUGUCAAAAAGGCAAAAAUAUACACCAUUAGCUUACGCAAGCAGCCGUGGCAUAAACUGGAAAUUAGGGAUCAAGAAUUUUUAAAAAUUGUUGGACUAAAAUAUGAAGUUGGCCCUCCUACACUGUGUUGUCUCAAACUUGCCUUCAUAGAUCAGGACACAGGCAAAAUUGUGGAUAAGUCGUUUUCUCUGAAAUAUCAUGACAUGCCUGAUGUAAUUGAUUUUCUUGUAUUACGUCAGUUUUAUGAUGAAGCAAGGGAGAGGAAUUGGAAAGCUGGUGACAAAUUCCGAUCAAUAAUAGACGAUGUUUGGUGGUUUGGGUCAGUAUUAAGUCAAGAGCCAUUCCAGCCAGCAUAUCCAGAUAGUCAUUUCCAGUGCUACACUGUUCGCUGGGAGAACAACGAAAUUGAAAGGCUAAGUCCUUGGGACAUGGAACCUAUAUCUGAAAAUGCUGAAUUUCCUGCUGAUCCCAGUGCUGGUGUUCCUGUGACCGUGGAAGAGCUAGAAGCUCUGUUGUACAGACCCCAAGAGGGAGAGUGGGGAGAAAAAUCACGAGAUGAAGAAUGUGAGCGUAUUAUAAGGGGCAUUGAUGACCUUGUGGCACUAGAUAUAGCAACUCCAUUCAAUGCUCCUGUGGAUCUUCGUGCAUAUCCUGUAUAUUGUAUGGUGGUUUCCUACCUUACAGACCUGAGCACCAUUAGAAUGAGACUUGUCAAUAGAUUUUACAGGAGGAUCAGUGCACUUGUAUGGGAGGUGAGGUACAUAGAGCACAAUGCAAGAACUUUCAAUGAACCAGAUAGUCCUAUUGUUUCAUCGGCCAGGCGAAUCACUGAUCUGCUUCUCAAGUUCAUUGAGAGUAAAGACUGCAUUGAUAUUUUUGAAAUUUGGAGUACAAUGGAGAACUGUUCAUUGGAUUCUCAAGGCGAGGAUGAGGAAAAUGAUGAGACAGUGAAUGCUGCUGUUGCAGGGACAUCUACUGCUAGAAGAAGCCGUGUUGGCCGCAUAUUUGGCCGGAAUCUGAGCUAUGAUGUUACCACUUGGAAAACUCAGUGCAGGGAACUGUUGGAGAUCUUGUUUCAGUGUGAAGACUCUGAACCUUUUAGGCAGCCAGUGGACCUUGCUGAAUACCCAGAUUACAGGGAUAUUAUACACACUCCAAUGGACCUGGCAACAAUAAAACAUGCAUUAGAAAUAGACAAUUAUGAAACUCCCAUUGAACUUUGCAAAGAUGUGCGAUUAAUUUUCAGCAACGCUAAAGCUUAUUCUCCAAACAAGAAGUCUAAGAUAUACAGCAUGACUCUGAGGCUGUCUGCAUUUUUUGAGGACCAAAUUCGAACAAUUGUCUCGGAUUAUAAAACUGCACUAAAAUACAAUAAAAGGAGUCAGCACAAACAAAGAUAUAAGAAAUGCCUCCGUAGUUCUGAAGCCUCCAGAUCAAGUAGCAGAGCUUCCAGUCCAGAACGAAAAUGGAAGCCCGUGAAGCCUCAGGCAAAAUUGGAGCAUAUUUCCAAAAUAUCUACCUCAUCACAUAUAUCACAGAACAGCACAAGUAGUACUGCAGAUAGUGCCUGCAGUGAUGCUUCUGAGCACUCUUCGACAUCAGCCAGGAUAAGGAACAUGAAGGCUAAGACAACUGUCCUAACCAUAAAGAAAGAUAGAAAAGUAGACUUGCCUAAUGGGUCAGUUGGAUCAACAACAGCAUCAGACUACGGAGACUGCAGUGAAAGCUCUGCUGAAGAGAAUGAAAGUACCAUGAAGUCGACAGCCUCUUCUCCGAAUGGUGCUUGGACAGAGCCUGCGGCUGGCAGCAGUAAAGCAGCAAGAAAGCAUGCAUCACCAAAUCAAAAAACAGAACCAUGUGGUACUCAGGUGAAUGGAGACAACAGGAAAUUGGUCCGUCAGAAUAUGGCAGCUAAGAAACGCAAGAUCUUGAGUGAUUCUGAGGAAGAAGACUCCAUUUCUGAGAGGGAGCAGGACAUGUUAAGUGCUGUUAAGCGAAGAAAAUAUGCCUGUGUUUUGGAAGAUGACUCACUGUCUGAGAACGAGCAGCAGCAUGAGGAUGGGGAAGCCCAAAAACACAGUUCUGGUAGCAGUACCAGUUCUGAGACUGAAAACAGCUCAUGCUCCAGUUCUCAAUCAAAAUCUCAGUCAGACUCUGAAUCCCAAUCAGUUUCUGAUUUGGACAGCGAUUACAAUGUGAACGCUAGGGCAAAAGUGAAAUCCAAGAUAAAAGUGAAAGCAAAGACACAGGUGAAGAGAGGGAGACCGAGAAAAAUUCAAGGGAGAGGAAAAAACAAAGUAACUGCUUCCAAAAAAGUUACCAGUAGGUUAGAAUAUAAGAAGCAACAAAAAAUCUUGGAUACUGAUGAAGAUGGGGAUGAUGAUGAUGAUGAUGAUGACUCUGAUUAUGUAAAACGAGAUUGUGUUUGUAGACCAUCUGCAAUAAGGACCAGAAAUCAAGGCAGAAGGACUGUAAGAUAUGAUGAUUAUGAUUCCGAUACAGACAGCCUUUUAUAUAGUGAGAUACCUAACCAUGGAGUAUCGAGGUCUGGACGGGUACGACGAAUACCCAUGAGAGUGAGAGACUGAAAUGCAGCCAUUUAUUGGCAUUGUACCACUGUGAAUUUGUCUUCUCUAAAAUUUCAGGGAUUAUAUUUAUAUUUUUCUGGAUUUAUUUUCUGGGGAGUGGGGGCGCUGCUGGCUGUGCUUGGACACAAAAUCAUGAUCAAUAUUGUAACCAUUUAGGAACAUGUGGUAACAGCACAAAAAAACUUCAAUAGUACUUAAGGUAACUCUAGCAAUGUCCUGGACCAUGCUAGAAAAGUGUGUGAACUUAGUUUUUCUACUAUUAAGCACUACAGCUAAUGUUAUUUAUUUCUGCUUCCUUGCAUGUAUUUUAAGCCAACAAAACAGUGUAUCUCUGUCUCACCAGUGAAUGAAGCAGUUAUUCACAUUUACGCAAUGGAUAAUGGCAGCAGGAAGAAACACAAGUUUACACCCACCUUCUUUUCAUGAUGUCUUUUAUUUGUCUUCAACAUAAAUUCAAUCAAUGCAUUUUGCUUAAAGCUUGUAUAUUUUAUAACCAGAUUAGUUUUUUUUGGAGGGCCAGGGUAGAAAUGAAGGAUAUCUUAAGUUAAGAUAAAAAGACCACAUUUUCUUUACAUGUAAGUACAAUAUUGCUAAAAUGUCUAUAACCUUCUUUGUCCUAGCCCUAACAUUUAACAAAUCGUCUAAAUUUGUAAUAAGUUGGAUAAUUCUGAUCCCUUAUAUUUUCUGUCAUGUCAGCAUCUGAUCUCACCUGUAUCUGAUCAAUUUGGCCAUUCCUGUGUUUCAGUAAAGGACAAGAAUAAUGUAAUACUAACGGCUUAAUGACCAUAAUUUCUUUCCUUCGCCCAUUUAUUUAAAAAGUGGAAAGGAAAGAAAAAAAAUCAGAUUUUGCGUAGUACUGACUGUAAUUGUGCAGAUUUUCUUGGAAUAAAGUUAAGGAGUUAUAACUUUGAAUUUUUUUUGCAAGAAAAAUACAUCUAAUUAACAUGGGCUGGUUUAACAUUAAUUUUACCCCUGUUUUAAAUUACUUUCCAAUUUAUACUUAUAGAUUAAUCAGGUUUGGUGUUCUAAAUUGGUUCUUGUAAAUAUUGCAACAUCAAUCAAUUUUUUUUAACAUUAACCGUCAAAUUUAGCAGCAUAUGGAGUAUUUUUAAAAUAAAACAAAUAACCUGUUGAAAACCAUUUCAAAUAUUUUUACAUAUUUAAGAAUCUGAGUGAAUUAGCAAGUGUGGAUUAAUUUUAAAAUGCUCUUCUGUUAUGAUAAAUCAUUUGUGGAUAUUCCAAAAUAACACUAGGAAGUAAGUGUUUUUCAAACAAUGGGUCAUCAGUGUGCUAAUGUAGAGUACAUUAUUUGUAUUAUCAAUUUGUACUUUUAAACUGGAGUUAGAAUUGUUUCAAGGUUUGUAAAUUUUGUUCAGAAGUGCAUUCUUCCCACCAUCUAUCUCAAAAGAUGUGAUUCACACUGAGUUGCAAUUUCAUCAAUCGUUUAGUGCCUUGUCCAAGUAUCCGUAUGCUUGUCAAGGCAGUGAAUAUUCACAGGCAUAUCCAAAGAAUAAGAUUAUUUGACCAAAGCCUGAUGUUGACCAUAUGCGCAUACCAUUUCUAACAAAAAUCAAUGGAUAACAUAGGAACAUUUCCAUUGUUUUCUGGAGACAUUGUGGUUAACUAAAGCCCCACUCCCCUAACUAUUGGUCAGACUGGUAUGAACUGACAGAAAAUAGCAGAAAUCAAACUUGAGGUUUUGGCCUCUUGGGUAUCUAAUGCCGUUGGAGGAGUUCCUGCACAUAACUUUAAAUUCCAAGCUUCUUGCCAAUUUCCACGACAAAAGGUUAUACGGAGAAAGACAGAAUACCUUUUCUGUCUCUAUUUACAGCAAAUCAGUUAUGUACAAAAAAUUUUAGAAACUUCUGAGAAAGAAGUUUUUAAACUUCAUUAUCAAUUGCAGUUUGCAAAAUAAAUACUACAAGGAAAGUAAUUACAGGUAGUCCCCGGAUUGUAUGAGGGCCCCAUUCUUGAGUACGUUUGUAAGUCAAUGUAUACACAAGUCAGAACACAGUACAAUUUAAAACAACCAUUCAUAAGUAUGAAGAAAUGUUCACAUCAGAACAUUGAAAUUAAUACUAAUGCAAUCUGGUAUGGUAUCUCGUUCAUAAGUGUGAGUAUUUGUAAAUCAGAGCCCCCCCCACCCCGACCAAAUACAUACUUUUCUUUGCAGUGACAACAGUGCAACAUAUCAAAUAAAUUUCCAAAUUGCUAAUAGGCAUCGGGCCGGGUAAAACUUGUCUAGCUCUUUAUAGAAUAAUUAUCUGUAAGUUUAUAGCGUGUCUCUCAAGUUAUAAAGUUGGAUAUUAAAACUAGAUCAGAUGUCCAUCCCCUGCUAUAUGUAUUAUGUUCUAGGAAAUCUUGGUAUAAGUGCUUCUAUUUACUAUUUUCAGAUUUAUACAAAAGUCCUGAAUUGUAUUUAGUUUUGUCACUUCAGAAAUCUGCAGUUUGCCAUAUUACUUCAUUUAUUCCAUUUUGGCCUUUGCAAACAUCUGCAUGUAAUAGUAUAAUUAAACACCUUAACCUUAUGUAUUUAACUUUUAAAAGACACAGCAAAUCCUAUUAAAACUUGAAUCUACAAAGUUGCGAACAUUUUUGGCACAGCAAGACCAUUGGCGACCAUUCUUUAAAGAUGUGAUCCUGUUAUACUGGGGCAGUUUAUUGACAUAAUUUCACAUUUUACCACCUACAUUUUUGGAUGGGGGUGCAGGUAUGAGUUAGAGACUGAACAAGUGACCUUAGUUUUUUUUUUAAUGCUGUUCAGUCUUUUAAAAAUUGAACUUCAAGCAAGUCAUAGCGAAUCUUUACAUUUGUCUUGUGCAGAAUGUUUUAUGGUUACCGCAUGAUCACCCAGGAGAGGAGACAGUUGAAAUAUUUGUAAACUUACCUGAGUGAGAGAGUUUGAUUUUUUGACGUUCAACAUCUACAGCAUUGUUCAGUCUGAACAUUUUAAAGAUCUGUAACAGUAAGUGACCUUUUAGCUCAUCCACAGUGUGGAAUUGCAUUUAUGAAAAGAAAUUGGUGCCUUCAGUGUUGUCUGUGCCUACAAUGAUGCUAGAUCUUAUUUGUAAUCUUUGAUGUGGUUGUCCUCAGGAACACAUGAAAAUCAGAAGUUUUACCCUCGCGACCACUCCCUCAGCCCAUCUGCCCCCAAGCAACCAUCUUGAGUAUUGCAGAACAUUUGGUCAUGGGUUAGACUUUUACAUACACCUCACUAAAACUACUCAAUUUUGGUGUGGACAUUAGGUGUACAAAGUCUAAGGGGUAGUUUUCCUCUAAAUGCCUAGAUAGGAAACUCUCAGGAUUGGAUAAAACUCGAAUUUUCAGCUUGAGAUAAAAUUAAUCAUAAUUACUAGUGAACAAAAUUGAUAUGAUCGAAAAAUUGACAUUGCACCCAAUUCCAUCAGUGCUCAGGUAGGCAAGUUAUGUUAAAAAUUGGCACUAUAAUUUCUGAUUUUUAUUUCUUUGCAUUAGCUGAGAUUCUAAAUAUGUGAAUUGUCUUCCAUUUAGAAUUUUAUUAUGGUUUAAACAUCCAAUAAAAGUGAAUAUUGUUUAGAUAUAUGAAAAAUGGUGCUAAUUCUGCAACAGUUGGUGAACUUAAAUACCAGUUUAUAGAGUAACUGCAAAAAUAUGAUUCUGAACAAAACUCACAGAAUAGAUUUUUGAGUACUUAUAACAGCAAUAAACUUAGUGGAGAUGCAGGGGGUUCUCUGCCUUGUUCCAACUAUGUUCCAAUGAAUGUACAGAUGGCAGUUUCAAAAAUGGCAAAGUUUCUGAAUUAGUCUUUACGCGCAUCAAUUAUUAACCUAUGCUCGUUGCAUAUAUCUACUUUGUAGAUCUACCUUGGAUCACAAAGCAUAUAGUUUACUUUUGAUUUAAUUUAUUACCAAGAUUUUGUUUUAUCUUCAUUUCCAGUAAUUAUCUGAGAAGCACAACACGUAUGCUGUUCUUGUGUGGCUCAUAGGUAUGAAAGUAUCAUAGGAGUAGGUUACUUGUCAAUACUCAGAAAUAGUAUGCCAUGCUCUACAGGGAAAACUAUAUCCUUAAAAUUGACCACUUGUGAAGGUGAUUCACAAUGAAAUUCAUGAGAAUUAACUCCUAGUUAAGGAUGUUGCUAGUACCACGAACAAAUUUGCUGAAUGUUUGACAUCAUUAUUUGUGACUAACAUUUGCCUUCCAAAACUUCCCAUUCCUAUCAUUCCAUAAUUCAAAGAGCAAACUUGGGUAUUGUGACUGAGCUAUCCUUUUUAAUUUUGUAUAACAUGUAAAACUGGUCUUUAAACACAUGAAUUUAGUUUAACAUUACCAGUUUAAAGUUUGUAAAGGCAAGGUUUUACUAUCUUAGGUAAUCAAUCUUGUUUGAAAAGUGUCAUAAUAUGAAAUAUCAAUGCAUCCCCAAAGAUGAAAAAUACAGUUUGUCAAAACAUUUUAAGUUAACAUAUGUAGCAAAAUUGUGAUGACAUCCAAGGAUUAAGGUGAUAACUUGUUCAAGCGACAGUUUCACAGCUUCUGGGCAUCUUCCUUAAUUUUGAGUAUCAGCAAGGCUUUUUGGCUGGGUUGAACAGAGCCAAGAGUGAUCCUGAAAAUUUACUUUGUAAUACUAUUCACUACAAUGAUCUAUAGUUCACACGUAUACUUGGGCAGUUAGUGUCAGAAGGUUGGCCAGUGGGAGGCACUGGCACAGUCUACUUGGUGAAAAGAUGGUAUGCCAGAUCACAAACGAGCGCUGACCUUUUUUGCCAUUGCCCAGGGAUGCUGUGACCAUUUGUAUAAUAGCCUUCUAUUAUCAUCAGUUAACAACGCAAGCAUUGAACUUUUAAUUUGUAAUAGAAGCAUUUGCACAAGUUGAUCCCAUUCUGUUGUACAGUCAAAAUUAUUCAUUAAUGAUUCAAAACAAAUGUUGCACAAUCACAUGCUGCCUUGUCACUGUGUAAUAAGUUCACGAUAACUUGUAUAUGACAAAAUUAGAUCUUUCUGGCUGAGUUAUCAGCAUUCUUGACUUUUUUGUGAACAUAAUAUUAAAAAUGCACUCACCCAAAAAUACAUUUAAAUUACUGUAACAAGUGUUUGCUGUUGUCAGCCAAUGAAAUAAUAGUUGCAGCAACUUAAUUUUCUGAAUGUGUCACUUGACAUUUUUAAAAAUCUCUCAGCAUGAUGGACUAAAGGGUAGAAAAGUAGCCAAUAAGAGAUUUUCUCCUAUAGUUUGCAUUGUAUUUUAUUUGGACAACUCAUCUCUUUUAUAAAGGGGUUUAUUUUCAGGCAAGAUUGGUUUUCCAAAGAGUGCCACCCAAAGCAUGAUUUUU